AUGCAACUUUCCGAUGAAAAGGUGGAGCUCUACGAAAAUGCGGCCAUGUUGGGCGACUCGCGAUGCACCAUAUCACCGCUAGAGCCGCUACACGACUACGAUAAGUUGCGCUAUGUGUACGACGACUACAUCGAAGGUGGCGCACUUCGUACCGGAGGAACACCCGAGCUUUUUUCACGACGGUACAUUGGACUUGUCGCGCAAUACGCCGCCGUUGGAUUCAUCGACGGUGUGUUGCCUGCCGUCAUUUACCCGUUCUUGCAGAACUACCUCAACAUUCCAGGAUCGCAAACGACUACGGCUGCCGUACUAGUUCAACUGCCAUGGAGUUUCAAAGUUUUUUACGGCAUCGUGUCGGACUGUUUUCCAAUUUGGGGCUACCGUCGCCGGCCAUACAUGGCCAUAGGCUGGAUGAUUUCGCUAGCCAUGCUCUUGGAAAUGGCGCUCACACCUGCGGGUAAGCCCUACUUUAUGGACACACAAUACCGAGACGUAAAGCCGGACGACUACACGUCCGAUAUCAUCGCCACAAUUAAUUACGAUGCUGCUAACCAGGGUAGCAUGUACAUCGUUCCAAUGAUGGGGUGCGUCUUUGGUUAUUUGAUGGCCGACGUGUGUGCUGACGGCAUGGUGGUGGAGCUGGCGCAACGCGAACCACUUGAAGUUCGAGGAAGGACCCAAACAGUGAUUUACACGACGCGCUAUGCAUUCAACAUCUUCGCUCUUAUCCUAGUCGCCUUUUGCUUUAACGGUGCCGAGUACGGAGGUGACUUUGACUUUUCGCUGCCAUUUCCGAUGCUAAUGUUAAUUGUGGCAAUCGUUAUCGCUCCGAUGCUUCCGAUCACGUGGCUUCUUAUUCACGAAGAAAAAUGUGCCAACGAUCACAAGGUUUUCAAGCACUACAUGCAUGAGCUAUGGGAUAUCGUGCAGACUCGAGCCGUGUACCAGUACAUCGCCUAUCAGACAUUUUCAGGCAUACUUGCAAUGUUCUCUUGGGUCUCCAGCUAUCCUAUUCAGACCCACUGGGCAAAUGUUUCACCUCUCGCGGACAAGAUUGCUAACUUUUUCGUUACUGGUAUGUUUGCAAUCUCUGUCUGGUUUGCCGGCAACUAUGGUCGCGAUUGGGACUGGCGUCGUACUACCGUAGUGACCUUGAUUUCCAACUUAGCGCUUGACGCGUUGGUGAAGCUAGUGACGAUCUGGGAUAUUACCCGUUCGCCUUGGUUCUGGCUCGGGAUCCCCAUUAUUCAGCAAAUUCCUCAGGGAAUAAUUUACAUUGUGGGCUCUUUCAUCAUCGUAGAGUUGACUACAGAAGGGCACGAAGGUGCAAUGUACGGCCUUCUGACGACGGUCUAUAAUCUUUGCACCCCCUUCUCCGCCGCCAUUACGCGAAAUGUCGCUGCCCAGUUUGAUUUGUCGACGGAACGGAUCCAGAAUGAUAGUUACGGCGUAAGGUACGACGUGACCAUCACGGUCUUGAUCAUGUGGGCGGUCAACUUGGCGUCGUUGUCGUUUCUAGUGAUGCUUCCUCGACAAAAGGAGCAGACGCAGGUUAUGAAACGUCUUGGUGGCUCGAGCUACUUUAUGGGUAUCAUUACGACUAUAUAUCUAGUUUUUGCGCUCUUUUGGUCCGUUAUGACGAACCUCAUGAGCAUUUACGAAUCUACUGCGUGUCUAGUCAUUGCUGGUGGUGACGGCUGUAAGGACUAA